AUGAUGAACCUUGCAAGGAGUUGCACUCCCAAACUCCGGCUAAGGCCCCUGCCCCGUCGACCAAAUCAGGAUUUAUUUCAACAAUUUGAAGCAUUUCAAAUCACAUCAAACAAGGGCUGUCGCUGCAGAGUCACCUUGUCAGCGCACCAAUUUCAUUUUCUUCAUGGCAUAGCUGGCUCGUCAGAUAUACUAAAGGAUGAAUUAUACCAUCCUGAGCCAGAUGUGGAGGAUUUUGAAGAAUAUGUGCCGGAGGGAUACCACCCAACACUGAUCGGAGACACCUUUUGUGGUGGCCGCUACGCCGUGGUCCACAAGCUUGGGUAUGGCGGGUAUUCGACAAUAUGGCUCGCCCGGGAUCGGCUGUCCCAACGCUACGUAUCCCUGAAGAUACUGACUGCGAGAGCCUCGCCAAGUACCUCCGAGGGCGAAAUUCUUGGUUUGCUAAUGAGAAACGAUCUUGAACAUGCCGGAAAGCAAUUUAUUCCAACGCUACUUGACCAAUUUUCUUUUCAUGGCCCAAAUGGACACCAUCGGUGCUUGGUCGGAGAGCCUGCUGGUGUCAAUAUUGCCAAUUCCAAAGAGAAUAGUACAGACCUCAUGUUUCCACGAGAUUCUGCUAGAUCUAUCACCACCCAGCUUCUCUUGGGGUUGUCUUAUCUACAUGCGAACGGCGUAUGCCAUGGAGAUCUCCAUUUACUUAACUUUCUCUUACGUGUACCAAACUUUAACACCCUGAGCAUAGCCGAGCUAUACACGCGUUUUGGUAAACCCUCCGAGGUUCCUAUUCGACGACUUGACGGAAAGCCUAAUGGACCCCAUGCUCCGCCAUAUGCUAUCUACCCAUUGUCUCUGAGCAUGCCUUCGAACGAGAUGGAUGACCCAGAGAUCAUUAUCUCGGACUAUGGAACUUCCUUCAUUGGGGCACAGACGCCCUCGCCAACUUUUUAUACCCCAGCCCUUUACUCACCACCAGAAGUACUCUUCAACGAACCCAUCACAAGACCCACCGCGGCUGAUAUAUGGACCUUGGGUGUCAGCUUGUACGAAAUAUUGGGCAAGCGUCCACUAUUCGAAACAUUCUCCUGCGACCCCGAUGAUAUUAUCGGGGAUAUGAUCAAUGCCUUGGGUCGACCGCCUGAAAGAUGGUGGGAUUCCUGGGUACGGCGCUCUGAAUUCUUCAAGGAGGAUGGGUCUUGGGUCGACGACUUCAGCCGUUUCAGCACUCCUGCUUUUCGGCCUCUGCAUCAACGGCUCUGGGAGAUGGGCCGCGGUGAGACAGACCAGACAUGCGAAUGGGAUGUUGCAGGCGGGGAACUCGACGCAUUGGAGGACUUUCUUAGAGCUAUGAUGGCGUUUGAGCCCGUUGAAAGACCCACAGCGGAUCAACUUCUAAGAUCCGAGUAUAUGGUGAAAUGGGCUUUACCUGCAUGGGAGAGGCUGAAGGAGAGGAAAAAUGAUGCUACAUGA